AAUGUCUGGCUUGGAUCCUCUGAUAGAAGAUAAGACCAUAUUAGUUAGAAGAACAGAUCCUUCAAUGGCCUUCAUCAUCCAAAUCCCACUAUGCCAACUCUUCUAUCUGUCACUGCAACUCCCACUUUCACCCUCACUCUCACCAAAACCCUAAUUUCUCUUCCCAAACCCUAUUCCCUCUCCUAUAAAUUCAACUCCCUCGUCACUCACUGCUCCGUCUCCGACCGCGAGGAGCAGCGAUGGCUCCGCGAAGAGCAGCGAUGGCUCCGCGACGAACAGCGUUGGCUUCGCGAGGAGCAGCGCUGGGCUCGCGAACGCGAUCAACUCCUCCGCGAGAUCUCCGACCUCAAGCUCCAAAUCCAGGAGAUGGAGCGUCGCUUAUCCACGCGCGAUGUGUCCUCUCCGGCAUCCGUCUCCGACGCCGUCGCGAAUGUCACGUUGCUCUUGCAGGUGCUGAAGGACAAGAAUAUGGUUCUCGAGAGCGGUUCGAGUAUUCGGAAGUUGGAGGAUGUUAUAACGCACACUCACAAAAACGGAGAAGAACAGGGAAAGAGAACAAGUAAUAUCGAGGAGAAGCGAAUUGAAGAGGAGGAGAAGCGAAUUGAAGAAGUCAUAGAAAGUGAGAAGGAGGUUGUGGUGGUUGAGGAGUCUGUUACAGUUGAAAAGGUGAGCCUUUUGCGGAAAGGUUCUGAAGGAGAAGAGGUUCGACAAAUGCAGGAAGCGUUGCUGAAAUUGGGGUUUUACUCAGGCGAGGAAGACAUAGAUUACUCAAGCUUCUCAAGUGGAACAGACCGUGCUGUGAAGACUUGGCAAGCAACAUUAGGUGUCCCUGAAGAUGGUAUUAUGACUGCUGAACUUCUUGAAAGGCUUUAUUUGGAGAUAAGGAAAAAGGAUGCAGGCAGCACGACUCAAGAUGAACAAUCUACAUUUGUUUUACCAAAGGAAGGUGAAAAUGGAGCUGCAGUUCCUUCAGUGACAGAUAUUUCAGAGGUUCAGCAAAAUGUUGUGAAAAUUGAUAAGGAAACAGAAGUUCCCCAGCGAGGAGUUUUUCUCCUUGGAGAGAAUCGGUGGGAAGAGCCAUCUAGACUUGUUGCAAGUAAUGGAGUUGAUAAGAGCAAAAACAAGAAUGCAAAGACAAAAUGCCUUCAAUGUCGUGGGGAAGGUCGCUUGUUGUGUACAGAGUGUGAUGGAUCUGGCGAGCCAAAUAUUGAACCUCAAUUUUUGGAAUGGGUGGAAGAGGGCACAAAAUGCCCAUAUUGUGAAGGUCUAGGGUAUACCAUAUGUGAUUUAUGUGGAGGGAAAGCUAUGGUAUAGGAAUAACAUACAUUUCUUCAUCACGUUACACAGAGAUUUUCAGGGCUUUGGAACUUUCAGAACUGCCCCAAAUUACAUCAUAGAUUGAACCGAACAGGCGCGUUUAAUCCAUCAAAACGAACGAUGUCAUAUCUGAAUAUAUUCAGACAUACAUUAUCCCCUUGUCCAACUACGUCCAUUUCAAAAUUUAUCUGUUAAAUCACAAAAUAUGUAACGCUGUGAUAAUUCGAAGAUGCUUCAGAGGUAAACGGUCAUCUUUGAACUCUGUUAUAAAUCAUAAGCCAAAAAAUGUAAAUGGCUGACGACAAUGGCAAAUGGAGGACUGCACAGAGGCUCUUAUGGCAACGGUUGGGAGCAGUUUCCUAAAAUUCCGAGUGAACUCCAAAUAACGGUGGUGUUGGAUUGAGCUCAAUCAAAUACUUGGUACUAAACCUAUAUCUUCAUGGCUUUGUUUAACCGACUUGAAAUUGCUGAGCUUUGAAUGA